GGGGACUCGGGUCAGUUUGGCCGCGGGAGCGGGCAGUGCGCGGGACUCAGAGUGGUCGCGGGCGCGCGGGGGCUGCCCGGGACCGGGCGGCGGGGCCUUCGCCAUGCCCGGGAUGGUGCUCUUCGGCCGGCGCUGGGUCCUCGCCAGUGACGAUCUGGUCUUCCCGGGAUGCUGCGAGCUGUGUCUGCGGGUGCCGUGGUGGUUCGGCAUCCUCAGCCUCUACCUGAUGCACAGACGGAGGCUGGACUGCGCGGGGGGCGGCCUGCUCGCCGGCUACCUGCUGGUGCUGCUGGUGUUCCUGGCCGUGGUCAUCGGCACCCUGCUUGCCAUCGUGUGCGUCAGCAUGAGAGGAACCAUCUGUAACCCCGGGCCACGGAAGGCCAUGGCCAAGCUGCUCUACCUCCGACUGGCGCUGUUUGUGCCCGAGAUGGUCUGGGCGUCCCUGGGGGCGGUCUGGGUGACAGACGACACGCAGUGCAACAGAGUCGUCAUCAACGGCAUCAUCGCCACCGUGGUGGUCAGCUGGAUCAUCAUUGCCUCCACUGCCGUGACCAUCGUCAUGGUCUUUGACCCACUUGGGGGCAAACUGGCUCCCUGUCCCUCGAUCGGGCCCGAGUCCCUGGACAGCCGAGAGGCCAGCCAGUUCUUCACGGGGCUCAGGACAGCGGCGACCAGCAUGUGGGAGACUCGGGUGAAGCUGCUGUGCUUCUGCGUAGGCCGUGACGACCAGGCGCGGGUGGCCUUCUCCAGCACGGCCCAGCUCCUGUCCACCUGCUUCUCUGACACGGACCUGGUGCCAAGCGACAUCGCGGCCGGCCUUGCCCUGCUCCACCAGCAGCAGGACAACCUGAGUGGCAGCCGCGACCCUGUGGAGGUGAUCAGCCGCCCCCUGGGGUCCCCCCAGGACGCGGAGCUGGACGCCGAGCUGGAGAACUGCCGCCACUACAUGCAGUUCGCGGCGGCUGCCUACGGCUGGCCCCUGUACGUGUACCGGAACCCCUUCACGGGGCUCUGCAGGAUCGGGGGCGACUGCUGCAGGGGCCCGGCUCCCGAGGACGGCCUGGCCGGGGGCAAGCGGCUGCGCUGCCACCUGGGCUCCAUCUUGCACACCACGGGGUUGCAGUGCCACGACUUCAUCCACAUCAGCUUCCACGACAAGGUGUAUGAGAUCCCGUUCUUUGUGGCGCUGGACCACAGGAAGGAGUCGGUGGUGGUGGCCGUGAGGGGGACCAUGUCUCUCCAGGACAUCCUGACGGACCUGUCGGCUGAGAGCGAAGCCCUGGACCUCGAUUGUGGGGUGCAAGACUGCUCGGCACACAAGGGGAUCUCGCAGGCCGCCAGGUACCUGCACCGCCGGCUGGUGAGGGACGGGAUCCUGAGCCAGGCCUUCCACGCCGCACCCGACUACCGGCUGGUCGUGGUGGGCCACAGCCUGGGCGCUGGCGCGGCGGCACUGCUGUCCCUCCUGCUCCGGGCCGCAUACCCGGGCGUGAGGUGCUACGCCUUCUCCCCGCCCCGGGGGCUGCUCAGCAAAGCCUUGCACGAACACUCGCAGAGCUUCAUCGUGUCUCUCAUCCUGGGCAAGGAUGUGAUCCCCAGGCUCAGCGUGACCAACCUGGAGGACCUGAAGCAGAGGAUCCUGCGGGUCAUUGCCCACUGCAACAAGCCCAAGUACCAGAUCCUGCUGCACGGGUGCUGGUACGAGCUGUUCGGGGGGAGCCCCGCCAACUUCCCGACAGAGCUGGACGGGGGCCAGCAGGGGGACCUGACCCAGCCUCUCCUCGGGGAGCAGAGCCUGCUGGUGCGCCACUCCCCGCUCCGGUCACGCCCCCAGUACCCGCCCCUGUACCCCCCGGGCAGGAUCAUCCACCUGGAGGAGGAGGGCACUUCUGGUCGGUUCUGCUGCUCCACCACCCAGUACAGCGCCAGGUGGGCCCACGAGGCAGAGUUCAGCAGAAUCCUCAUCGGGCCCAAGAUGCUGACUGAUCACAUGCCCGACGUGCUGCUCCGCGCCCUGGACAGGGUCGUGUCUGACAGGGCCACUUGCGUGUCCUGCCCGGCCAAUAGAGUGGCCCCCACGUGCAUGGCCUGAGCCCGGCGGGAUGGCUGAGUCACCACCUCCUUGGCACUCUGCUGACAAAAUAGGCGAACAGUGGGAGAGGCACCAGGUCCCAGCCGGGGCACGGGGGCAGGAGAAGCUUCUGGAAGGCCCCCCGAGUGCCUGCACCCUCCCCACCCUGCUGGGCUGUCCGAGGCAGAGCGUCAGGGCAGGUUGAGCCUUUCUGGCUCUGGGAGCUCGGGCUCAGCUGUGAGGGUGCCACAGGGACCCUGCUGGCACCCACCGAGGACUGGCUGGCAGCCCGCAUGGGUUCACUCAGUCACUGGCGCACCCCCAAGCUGCUCCCCAUAAACAUAUUUGUCUGCUGUGAAGCCAGCAAAGUGGGUCUGAGUCUUCUUAGCGCCCUGCAGACUGAGGGUCUCACCCACCAGCCACAGUGAAGUGUCACUCAGGAGUGAUCUGUACCCAGCUCUCACCAGCCCAGACUGGUUUUUUCCGAGUCACAGCCCAAGGAGGAGGGAAGGCUGCCCACAGCCAUGGCACAACACCUCCGGGCUAAGACAGGAACAGGGCAUAGGGGGGUUGCCCAUGGGGUGCUUCCUCCGCCCACAGCCCAGCUGGCCCUCAGGGCACUGGCAGCCACCAACCUGCAUGAGAAAAGCCAGGACGCCUCUGCUCCAGACUCUGCACGCGCGCCCCCCUGUGGCUGAGGAGAAGAAGCGCAGGCUGGGGCGGGAGGCAUGUGUAGGAUCGUAGGGGCUCAGCCCAGAGGCCACAGCUCAGCCAGGGGUACAAGUUACUAAGCAAUUAGAACCUGGUCCCAGGUGGAAGGACACCUGCAGGCAUUGGGGGCCAGGGUUUGUGCUGCAGUAUUGUGCCUGUAGGGCAGAAGGGCGUUUGCCUUUCGGCUGUCCUGGGUUUGAUCUCAGCAUCCCAUAAAGACCCCCAAGCACCACCAGUAAUUCCUGAGCAUCACUCCCAGUGGCCCCCCACCCAAAAAAAAAAAAAAAAACAGCUGGAUCGAUAGGGCAGUGCUACCAGUAGGGUACUUGCCUUGCAUACAGCUAACACAGGUUAUAGUUAACAUUGGCACCACAUAAGGUCCCCCAAACCCACCGGAAAUGAUCCCUAAGUGCAGAGCCAGGAGUAAGUCCUGAGCAUCGCUGGAUGUGGCCGAAGAAAAGCCAAAAACUCCAGUCUGGGUGGUGAGCUAGGAGACUUGAAAAGACAGAGGUGAGGCCAGGCAGCACCCUGACCUGGCCACCUCUUCACCCCUGUUCCUUCGUGUGCUCCCAGCUACCGGCUGGUCACCUAGUGGGGCCAAGGGUGGCGGCAGCAGGGCCAGUCCCUGGCGGCCUUCAGGGUAAGAACAACCAGGGGUCUUUCUCUGGGGGGGGGGGUAAUGUUCAGAAUCACGUGGUCUCAGCCCGAUAGACACCUGGUGUGCCCACCAGCAUGGGGGACAGGAAACUUCACAGUACUCAGAAGGUGGAUUCACAUGUUCUUCAACAGCUUGUGGUUCAAGAAAGGAUCCUCAGUCAGCUGUCAGUCUGCACCCUUCACAGCCAGUCCAGCUCCCAUGCCCUCGACGCCCGAGCGCAGGCUCCUCAGCAAGCCCCUCCCAACCAUUUGCUGGCCCCUUCGCCUCUCCAGGGAUGCAUGAAAACCAGAAGCUGACCCCAGAUCCCUCUUCAGGAUUUGGGGGCUCUGGAGCCACACCUGGUGCUCAGGACUUACUCGGGGCUUUGGCCGGUGCUCGGUGGAUUGAAGUAGGUGUGCAAGGCAGGCACCCCUGCACCAUCUCACUCCUGCACCAUCUCACCAAGUGAGGCACACACUCAAUUGUUCACUGAGAUCUCAAGAAUUCAACUGUUACCAGGUAUCUGAUUCAAGGAUUUAUUAAGUCAUACAUGCAAAACAUACUGCUAAUUGCAUUAGCAAAAGAUCAAUGUAAAAACACUCCACAAUUCUGCAAUUGUCAAUUAAAAAAGUUUUGUUCUAGUGGUUGAAGGUUCCAACCUUGUGUUCUCGCCAGUGGGUAAGUUGUACAAAACUCUGUUAGCACGAGCACGGUCUUUCCAGAAUCUCAGACCCAAAGGAACAGUGGAAGGAGCAAGGAGACGUGGCCACGGGGCAGAGGGCAGCAUUAGUCAGGGUGCGGUGCUGGCCGGCUGCGGUGUUAGGAAGCCCAGGGAAGUUGAGAUAUCUAAAAUAUUUAAAAAACUAAAAAGCUGCAACACAUGAUUUUUACACCUAGUCACUAGAAAACUAAGAAAGCGUCGAUUAGCCAAGUAAAGGAUCAGGAAAACAUGGGAUGCACUUUCACUAA